GGCGGGUGGCGCGGCCGCGCCCGCGCCCGCCGGGAGUACCCCCUGCCUCCGCUCUGCCGGCCUCUGCGCGCCGGGGCCGCUUUUCCUUCGCAGGGGCUGCGGGGCCACAUGGAAGGCCCUGAGGGCGGCGGACGGCGACCCGUAGCGCGGGGCCCCGAGGGACGGCCGGCGCCCGAAGCCAGAGUGCACUUCCGAGUGGCGAGGUUCAUCAUGGAGGCAGGUGUCAAGCUGGGAAUGCGGUCCAUUCCCAUUGCCACUGCUUGCACCAUUUACCAUAAGUUCUUCUGCGAGACCAGCCUGGACGCCUAUGACCCUUACUUGAUCGCCAUGUCUUCCAUUUACUUGGCUGGCAAAGUGGAAGAGCAGCAUCUGCGGACUCGUGAUAUCAUCAAUGUGUCCAACAGGUACUUUAACCCAAGCGGUGAGCCUCUGGAGUUGGACUCCCGCUUCUGGGAGCUCCGAGACAGCAUUGUGCAGUGCGAGCUUCUCAUGCUGAGAGUUCUGCGCUUCCAGGUCUCCUUCCAGCACCCACACAAGUACCUGCUCCACUACCUGGUUUCCCUCAAGAACUGGCUGAACCGCCACAGCUGGCAGCGGACUCCUGUCGCCGUCACUGCCUGGGCCCUGCUGCGGGACAGCUACCACGGGGGGCUGUGCCUCCGCUUCCAGGCCCAGCACAUAGCCGUGGCAGUGCUCUACCUGGCCCUGCAGUUCUAUGGAGUCGAGGUACCUGCUGAGGUCGAGGCUGAGAAGCCAUGGUGGCAGGUAUUUAGUGACGACCUUACCAAGCCAAUCAUUGAUAAUAUUGUGUCUGAUCUCAUUCAGAUUUAUACCAUGGACACAGAAAUCCCCUAAGGCCCUGGCCCAGGCCUGCCCAAAGAGAAGCCCAGGAUGGUCAGCUGCCUGGGGACACUGCCAGCACGUCGCCAUGAUGGCUGGUCCCCAGAGGACCAGCUGGGAGGACUGGUUGUGCUGCUGGAGAAGGGCUGGUGAAGGCGAUGACACGCUGCCACUUUGACAGUACCUAGCAGUCGCGGUCCAGCUGAUGAUGGGAGCCGCGCCUCCAGCGGGCAGGCCGGGAGCGCACUGUGUGCAGCUGACCCAAGGCAGCCACAUCUGCUUUGUCCUUUGAGAGGACUCUGACUGCAAUAGAGGCAUGAUGUCAAUGAAAGGAAAACCAUGAAAUAGAUGAGACAGAAUCCCUAGGGAUUUUUUUAAAACCAGAUUUAUAGCGAGAAUGAAUGUGCAACAAGGAUGAAAUUUAUUUUGUGUAAUAAAAUGUGAUACUAAUCAA